GUCCAAGUGCUAAGCUUUCACUCAGAAGAAACCCUCAAAAUUUCAGACCUAUUGUAUGUAGAACUGCUCCUGCUCCUCCCUUGGCUCCAACUGGUUGGUCCUCUCAAUACAUGAAGCCCUAAUUCUUGAUUUUCUGUUCUUUCGAGAAAGUAUACCAUGGUAAGCACUCAUGAAUGGUGUUGUGUGUGUGGCUCAUGGUACGCAAGGGAGAAUUUCAUUCACCCUUAUUCUCAGUUUCUCUUCUAGGCCGUUUUCGGCUGAACAACCUGGGUCCACAACCGGGUUCUCGAAAGAGACAGAAGAGGAAAGGGAGGGGGAUCGCUGCUGGUCAAGGAAACAGUUGUGGGUUUGGAAUGCGAGGCCAGAAGUCGAGGUCUGGACCGGGAGUUAGGGCUGGCUUUGAGGGCGGUCAAAUGCCGCUCUACCGACGUAUUCCGAAACUGAGAGGAAUUGCAGGAGGCAUGCAUGCGGGUCGUCCGAAGUUUGUCCCUGUCAACUUGAAAGACAUUGAAGCUGCAGGUUUCAAAGAAGGGGAUGAAGUUUCAUUGGAGUCUUUGAAGACAAAGGGCUUGAUUAAUCCCUCUGGUAGGGAAAGAAGACUUCCUUUGAAGAUAUUGGGAGAAGGAGAACUGAGCGCCAAACUCUCCAUAAAGGCACGCGCUUUCUCUGCAUCUGCUAAAGAGAAGCUUGAGUCUGCCGGGUGCACCCUAACAGUAUUGCCUGGCAGGAAAAAGUGGGUGAAGCCAUCAGUAGCAAAGAAUAUGACUCGAGCAGACGAGUACUUUGCCAAGAAGAGGGCAGCUGCUGCUGAACAGGGAUCCGCCUAAAGAAACAAAUGCACACCCGAUUCCGUUGAACUUGUGUAAUUGGAGUGAGAAUUUCUUGUUUUGGUUCAUGUUCUAGUAGAAUUUGUCUACUUGAUGAAUAUAUGAUAGCAGAUUGGAAAGUUGUUUCCAUAUUUCUUUUUCUUUUCUUUUUCUUUUUUGUAAUUUCCUUCCCUGUCAGAAGAAUAUACCUAAGAGGAAAUUCUAUUUUGGGAAUAUGGCAAGAAUUUGCGGUGUUUGCAUUGGCAUUGGCA